AUGAAAAAUUUUGUUCUGGUUUUGAAAGACAAAAAUAAACAACCUAAAAUUAAUAGACGGUCCCCGUCAGCGGGUAAUUGGGACAAUCUGGAACUCGCUGACGAGAUAAUGGACGUGAACGAGACGCGGCUCGAAGACAUGACGAGGACUGAGGUGCUGAGCCACAUACACGAGUGUAUAUCAUCCUGUGUGAUCAAACUACGAGUGAAAAGAAGAAGUGAGACCAAAUUACAAAUUAACAGCCUUUAUAGCAAGUUAGCAUGUGACGACAUCAAGCGCUUUAGAGAAAUGUAA